AUGGCCGUUUAUAUGAUCUCCAGAGAUAGUCCCCAUAAGCUUCCUGGCUUCGUCGUUAGACUUCAUCCUCCCAUCGGCCUGUCUGUUUUCGUCUCCAUUAGAGUUGUCAUGGACCACAGGUGCCUGUCUCCACGAGACGCUGUUCUCGCCCAGCUGGCCGCAUUCCCUCUCGAUAUUCCCCAGGACGUCCUGGACAGCCAGGAAUGCGGUCUGGAAACUAGUCCUCCAAGAGACUUUGCGGAGGUUGUUGCCGACUUCAUCGUGCGGGUUACCGGGACCGAAGAAUGUCGCCCUGAAUAG